UGGGAUUCCCCCAAAACCAUCCCAGCAAAAUUGAUUGAAAUCCUAGUAGCUGAAUUUUUUGAUUUAGACAAAUAAGAAGGUGGAUCUCAGUAGAUAAGUUCAAGCGUCACUGUAAGAGGAGAAGAAUUCUUUGGUCAAUACUUCGAUCGUUUUUUGUUUAGCGGAAGGUAGGAGACGUUUAGAGAGGGAGAAGAAUGGCGAUCUUGUACGCGCUAGUUGCGCGAGGAUCUGUGGUUUUGGCAGAAUUCACUGCAACAUCGACGAAUGCAAACGCGAUUGCUCGACAGAUACUGGAGAAGAUCCCAGGCAACGACGACAGCCAUGUUUCCUACAGUCAGGAUCGCUACAUCUUUCAUGUCAACAGGACCGAUGGGCUUACCGUUUUAUGCAUGGCCGACGACACCGCAGGAAGGAGAAUACCUUUCGCAUUUCUAGAAGAUAUUCAUCAAAGAUUUGUGAAGACUUAUGGCCGCGCUGUUCUUACAGCUCAGGCUUAUGGUAUGAAUGAAGAAUUUUCAAGAGUUUUGAGCCAACAAAUAGACUACUAUUCCAAUGACCCUAAUGCAGAUAGGAUCAACCGGUUGAAAGGUGAAAUGAGUCAGGUGCGCAAUGUCAUGAUAGAGAAUAUUGAUAAAGUUUUAGAGAGGGGAGACCGCUUGGAACUGUUGGUCGAUAAGACUGCUCAUAUGCAAGGAAACACAUUUCGCUUUAGAAAGCAAGUUCGCCGUUUCAAGAACAGUGUGUGGUGGAGAAAUGUCAAGCUCACGUAAGUAUUGAACCCAAAGUAAUUGAUGCAUUUAAGCCAC